AUGUGUGACGAAUUUAAUAUCGACGCCCAACAAAAAGCAAAGAUGCUUUACAAGCUGCAAAUCCGACCACACGAUGAUUUUUUGAAACUGAUAAUGGAUCAUCCCGAAAUUGCUGAUGGCAAAUGCGGAGCAUGGUUUGCGAGUAUGAAUUUGUACAGCAACAUGCAGGUCAAGGAAGAAAUCUUCGAGAAUAACCAGGAACGGGAAAUUUCUGAUUAUACAAUGGAUACCAGAGAAGUGGCAGUUGGGUACAAACAUGUAGACGACUUUGUGAUGCAAGGCGAUGCAGAUUCGAGAUUCUUUACACCGAAGUGGAAUACAAAUAUGCAUGAGAACGGAACCACACCAACUUCUCAAUUUCACCAAGUUAUUGAAAAAGAAAUUGCGGGCAACCUGAAGUACGCAAGUUCUGCUGAACACAUGGAUAUAGAAGAUGAACAUAUAGACAUCCUAACGAUUGAAGACACUCCCUAUCCAGAAACGUGGCAUAGUGAGAAAUCAGUUACCAUGCCCGAAAACACUACUCCGCCACCAACUACACCUUCGAAACGAGUUCAAGAAAAGCUGAUGCGGAAUAGUGAGGAGUUGGAAUUCACUAAGAAGAUAGAAACAUCACCAGUUAACAAUUUGUUAUCAACUGCUACAAAAGCACUGAACAUGGAAGAGGAGUCGAAAACAUCCCCCGAACUUGAUGCAAAACUGAUACUCGAUUUCAUCAAAGCUGUUGACAACACGUAUUCAAGAAACCCACAUUGCCGAGAUCUUCUAAAGUAUUGCAAUCAUUUUGUGUCCUACUGCACAACAGGUCUCACGGCGGAAACAUUAGAGUACAAAGUCAGAAACGCUUUUGCAAGGCAGGAUGAGAUAUUCGAUAGCUGGGAUGUCAACUUAUGUUGUAGAAUGAUUAAAACAUUUGAAUUCCGGCUAGGAAAACGUCUACAAGAGAAAAUUAGGAAAGAAAAUGAAGUAUGGUGGCAUCAGUAUUUGCUACAUAGUGCCCAUAAAAUUGAACCCGAAGCAAUUUCACCACUUCCAAAGCUUUCAGAACUAGAGGACAGAAAACCAAAAGAGAAAAAAGGAACAACAAAAAAAUCAACUCCUAAAACAUCACCAGUCUACAAUUUUCUUGAUCCACAAAGCAAUCUUGUCCCGAAUUCAAAUGCAUGCGAAUCUGUGAACGCUCAGCAUGUGCUAUAUAGUCUGAAAGUGUACAUAAAUCGAAUGAAGUCACCUCUUUUCACACCAUUUACAAAAGAAGUGGAUGCAGCUAUUAAAAAUAGUCCUGUGAACAGAUUUAUCAGUGGAGCAAAACUCAUCCAACUAAUAAUGGGUACUGUCGAGUACGUGACAUCUAAAAGUCGAUUCAUCAAAGGAGGUGACACAAGUGGUGCAGUUUCGGUCACUAAGAUGCUGACUGGUCUUCAUAGUUUUGCCUCAUCUUUCGAAUUUGCUGGUCUUCAAAAAGUUUUGCACGACAUCAAUCAAGCGAAAUUGGAACUUGAAAACAGCGAAAGUAAAGUCCCAUUUGGAAACGUGCUCAUCCUGUUCAAAUCGUUUUUCUUUGCUACUGACCCACAUGAAGUUUUCAAAAUCUUCAACGAGCUUCCUUUAAUUUUUUCCGUGUAA